AUGCGAUACAUCAGCGCGCUAGCAACUACUCUACUCGCCCUCCACCACAGUGCAUCCGCUCUCAUGGACCCGUCGCUGUACAAGAACGUCAUCACCUCACGCAACCUGACCUACCACUACUACUUCUCCCCCGCCCAGCCUCAGAAGCCGACCUUGCUGUUCUGUCAUGGGUUCCCAUCCACGAUUCACGACUGGCGCCACAUUGCACCCCAGCUACAAGGGAAGGGCUACGGCGUGGUCGUCCCCGACAUGCUCGGCUACGGCGAGACCGCCAAGCCUACGGACCCGGCGGCGGGUUCCAAGGCGGUAUCGCGCCUCGCAAACUAUUAUCCCGAGCGGUUCCUUGCCUACGCGUUCUUCGCAGUCCCUUUUAUGAAGAUAACUCCCCCGAUCAACUUCCAGAUAUACCUAGACUACUUGAAGCAGCUGUAUGGGUACGAGAUAUACGCCUAUUGGACCUUCUUCAGCGCGCCAGAUGCGAAUGAAGUCCUCCAAGCGCACAUAGAUUCAUUCGUCAGUCUUAUCUAUCCGUACGAUCCUACGAUCUGGAAGGCGCGCUUCGCUCCGACGGGCGCCAUGAGGGGUAGCCUGCUCGAAGACUAUGUUACCCCUCGGCCGUCCUACGUGUCCGAGGAAGACAAGAAGCACUUUAUAGAGACGUUCAGGCGCAACGGGUUUGAGGCGCCGACGUGCUGGUACAAGAUCAUGACGAGCCAGCUGUCUGCCAAGGACGAAGAGCAGGUCCCGUACGAACGUCUCCUCCCGCCGGCGAGUGCGCCCAUCUACUUCGGUGCCGCUAAGUACGACUAUGUCUGCCUUCCCGAGAUCGGCUACACUCUGUUUGGGGGAGACAGUUUCAGCAAGCACAAUGUGACGGAGAAAGAGUACGACGCGGACCACUGGCUCAUUCUCUCGAACGGAGACGAGAUUGCCCGUGACCUUGACGCGUGGAUUGAGAGCAUCGUUGUUGCAAAGGCCAAUUAA